ACGAAUCGAAUGUACCAAUAGAAAAUGCAGUUGGUUUGGCAGGGCAGGGCUAACGCCAUUUUGAAUAGAGAUUGUGCGCGUUUCAGUUGAUAAUUUCCUGUCUAGUGUAUAGAUUGAUUAAGUUGAUUUGUGAUUUUUCGUGUUAUUAUAUUGUAAAAUAAGGCGGAUUAAAUAUGGGUGCUCGACAAUCGAAGAGGUCAGUAGAUAUAACGACCACACCAAAGAAAGGAGAAGCCGAAGCUAUUCCCGUUAACGAGGAUAGGAUUGAAAAACUUGGUGAUGCCGAUGUGGAAGUUGUAACAAAUGGAACGACAGCGCAUACAGAUAUAGAAUUUGUGGAUAAGGAUGAAAUCAAAGGAGCGGAAGAAAAGACUGCAACUGAGGCGACAGAAAACGGUCUAGUUGAAACUAGUGACGGCGAGAAAACUCCAGAUACAGAAUCCGCUGCUCCAGCUGCAGGUGAUCAACCGCUGAAGGCAGUUGAAACCGCAAUAGAAAAGACCUCAGAAAAUGGGGAGAAGGCAACGGAAACACCAGAUUCGAAAAAACAAAAAGAUAAGAAGAAGAAAAAGUGGUCCUUAAGGAGUAUAUCAUUUUCGAAAAAAGAUAAAUCUAAGCCUAGCAAAGAUAAGGAGAAGAAUGGAGAAAUAGGAGUUAAUGAAGAGAAAGAAGAGGAAAACACAACUAAGCCUAUGACUGAAACAGUGAAAACCGAUAGCAAAAAUUCAAUUCAAGAAGAAGUCACUGUUCAGGAAGCUACUAAAGAAGAGGUGGCAGACAAGGCACCUGAUGUCGUGGAACCAGUUUCUAAAAACGAAUUAGAAGAAACUAAACCUUCAGAAAACUCAAAUGACCAAGUUAAUAUAGCAGAAAAUCUACCAGAAAAACAGGAAGUAGUCGAACUUGAAGCAAGCUACAAAUCUGAAAAGGAAGGAACAACAACUGCCACACCUACCGUCGAGGAAGUUAAAGAGGUGCGUAAUGAGGAGGUUCCUCCUCCCCUACCAAAUUCAUAUCCCCCUUCCCAAAUGGCGGUAUUCGCCGAAUCCCUAAAAGAUGAAACCCUUUCGGUACAUCAAAAUACUGUUACUGAAUCUCUUUUGAAGCAAUCAGUAGACGAACCUUCUAAAAACGAAUCUGAUACAUUUCUUGAACUCAAUGAUGUAAAAACUGCAGCGCCUAUAUGUAUUGAACCUUCUAAAGAAGAACCCACCAUUGAGGUUCCCGAAACAGAUGAUCAUGUUGAGUUAUGUGUUACUAAAACUUCUGUUGAAUCGCCUUCUAAAUCCCGAAAAUCUUCACAAAAUGAAAAUCAAAGUCUCCCAAAAUGGGAAUCUAAAAUUGAAUCUCCUUCGGAACUUCCUAUAACUUCUGAUAUUUCUGCUGAAGAAACAAGAAUAUCAGAAAAUAUUUCAUCAUUAUCAGAUAACAAUGAGCAAGAAAAUACUCAAAUAUCUUCUGGUGGUGACUCUUCCCCUCUUAUAGUUGAAGCUUUGCCCAAAUUGGAAGAUACAGUGCAGAAUAUAUCUAUUAAUGCUUCUGGGACUGAUUUUGAUACAAAUGUAAGUGAACAGCAAUCUGAAACAUCCAAUUUGGCCGAGACUGACAUACAAGAAAUCAGUAAUUUAGAAUUUGAAUGUGUUCCUCUGAAAAUUGAAGAUACAGAAGCAGACUUUGUUUUGUCAGUGCCUACAAUGAUUGAAGAAAAAAUCCCAAUAGUUUCUUCGGCAGGUGAUGUACCGAACCCAAUAUGUUCAGAAACUUCUGUAAUUUAUAAUGAUAGUAACCUUCAAGAAUUAAAAUCUAAUAUCAAUCUGGCCGCUUCACCGAUAUCUCAGGACUCCGAUUUAACUACAGAAGAACCAAGUUUAGAUUUAUCCGCUAUUCCAGAAGCUGUAGGAUCAAACAAGAUCAAAUUAAUGAAGGAGAAUGUAAAUAUUUUACCCGAGUCAUCCACAUCAAUUGUCAGUACUGAUAUUGAUGCAAAUGAAUUGAUUCAUGAAAUAAAUUCACAAAAAGAUGGAAAUGAUUUAAUUACUGUUGAAUCAAUACCUUAUUUUCCUCAAAAAGAAGUUGAACCAUUAUGUAAUACAGAUUCAAUAGCUGAUCUUUCAACAGAAUCCCUUCCUUCUCUACCUGAACCUUCUGAUAGUGUUUUGGAACCCAUGUCAUUACCACCUUUAGACUUUGUACCAGAUCCACUUGUUGAUGACAAUAUUCCUAUUGAAUCCCUUAUUACUAAACCAAAUGAAACGGAAAUUGAAGUCGUCCUAACCAAUGGAAAUGCAACAAAUGGAUUGAAUUUGUCACCGACCGCUGAAAACGAUGAUUCGCCCCUCCCGACUUCUCUUGACGGACCACUGAAACAGCCAAUUACUCCAGAAGUAUCUUUAGAUGCAAGUGAGAUUAGUCAAUCAACUGAAGUGAAAGCAGGCACUGUUGAAGCUGUACAGUCUGAAGCUCAAUAAACAGCAGUUGAUAUUUUUUUAUAUAUAAUUAUUUAUGACAUACAGAUAGAAGUUGAUGUAAGAAAAACAGAUGAGCAGAUCAUCUCGGCAGUCAUAGUUUUGACCAGGAAAGGAGAAUCACAACUGCCAAUAAAUCAUAAAUGUGUAGAAAUACAAGAUUGUCCUAUAGCGCAAAUAAAAAGAGAAAUUAUCAAAAGUUUGAAUACUCUCUUAUAUAAAAUAUUUUAUAUUGAUUGUAUUUAGUGGAAAGAUUUUUUAAACGUUUUAUACGUCGUUGAUACGACUUUUUAAUCUUAUACAAUUUGUAAAAUACCGUUUUUAGAAGUAGUAUUAGUGAUUUUAAAAAAGCUUUUAUGAAUAAAUUGUUACACCAUACUUUA